AGUGUUAGUCUGUUUUAAGUAACGUAAGCAAUACAGUCCCGGAAAACAUGGUCACCUUUGAGGAAAUCGUUGAGAAAGCCCGCAGCUUCACCAAUAAGCCCACUCAAGAAGAGUUCUUGGAAUUCUACGGCUACUACAAGCAAGCCACCGUUGGUGACUGUAAUACAGACGAGCCAGAGGAUCCCAUCAGAAAAGCGCUGUGGAACUCGUGGAAGGAAAAGACCGGAAUGUCCAGCGACGAUGCCAAGGCACACUACAUUGAAGUUUACCAAAAGUACGCACCUAAAUACCAGUAAAAUGUUUAACUGAAUAAAUGUUAAAUAACUUAUUUGAAUAAAUCUAUAAUUACUUAUUUAAUAAUAAUAAUAAUUCCUUAACCUAAUAUUUGUGAUAUAAAGACAGAAAUAAUUAACUGCUU